AUGAGGUCCAAAAGCAGCGGGGUGGAGAGCCCAGCCAAUGGGGUACUUGGCGUUCCACAGGGGGACAAUGACAUCAGCCAAGAACAGGAAGUGGGUCUCCCUGUAAAGAGCCUUAUCACCAAAGUUCAGCAGAAAGAGGAUGAAGAGAAAGUGGAGGUCGAGGUGAUCUCUGACAAAGAAAAGCUGCUGUGUGAUUCCUCUGAGGAUACAGAAAAAAAGGGAGGCAUCCAUGAUCCGUCCAAAGAGGAUCUGCUGAGGCUGCUGGGGAUCAUGGAGGGAGAGGUUCAGGUGGGUUUCCUUAUUGUUUUUUGCAUAUUAUGUGUUUUGCUGUGUAGCUAGCAUGAAGCCAAGUAAUAUAAAACUUUUCCAAGAAGGGCAUUGUGGAUUUACACAAUCUCUUUAGAUGGAAAACAACUCUGCCUUCAUGUUAUUUUGAGUCAGAUCCCUUUUCCCUGCACAACAUCUCCAUCUUGUGGUUAAAAGUGGAAGUUGAAAACACUGAGGUCCUUUCCGAGUGACUUUUGGAGAGGAGUCAGUAUUUCAUUACACAAAUGAAAGGGAAUGCAUACAAUCUGACAAAUUGACUGAAUUGACCCCAGAGAAAUCAGUGCAAAGUGCACAAUCAAAACAUGUAUCAUGUCCUCUGAAACCAUCCGUUCUUACAUUUACACUCCCUGACUUAAUGCCUCCGACAUCUGUUCACAUGGAACAAACCUCCCUAACCCCCACUUCCUUAAGCGAAAAUAUGAAGGAAUGUGAAUGAUAAUUGUGCAUAAUUAUAUUUCCUUUUGGUUUCAGGCAAGAGAAGAUGUAAUCUGCAUGCUUAGGGCUAAACCUGCUGCCCCAGAGGCCAUUGAAUCACGAUAUGGGUCUGCAGUUCCUGGUUCUGCCUUACAGGCCUUGCAGAGGGAUGGCGUUAUCACAGGCACCAAAACAAACAACCACAGUGUCUACCAGAAGCCCAUGAUUGAGGUAAGCAAUCCUUUUUUAAAAAAAAAAAAAGUUUCAAUUGUACAAGAUUGUGCUUGUUUGCUGGUGUGUAUGUGAUUAUCCUGUCAUUUCUCUUUCCCAGCUGGAGCGUCUGCAGGAGAAACACAAGGAAACAUACAGGAGGAUGCUGGGUCAGCUGCUGCUUGCUGAGAAGUGCCACCGCCGUACCGUCCAAGAGCUGGACACAGAGAAGCGCAAGCAUGUAGACUACAUGAACAAGAGCGACGACUUCACCAACCUUUUGGAGCAGGAGCGAGAGAGGUGAGGGGGAGAGGGAUUCAGGAACAUGGGCACCAAUAGCCAAUAUUGUACCAAUAUCGUUAAUGAGGACUUGUUGCAUGCUCUACAUAACUUUAUUUUAUUACUUCUAAAUUUGCCAAUAUACAAACUUCCAAAUUUGCAAAUUAUGAAGAAACAACAACACAACAACAGAAAGAGAUAAAAAAAAAACAAAAAAAAAAACAAAAAACAAGAGAACCUGAACCCUUCACCAAGAAUCUCUAUAUGUGUCUCUAUACAAAAGAAUUGAAAUUCAUAUAAAUGCAAACAGCAUUUGCCAGUCAAGAACAAUUACAACAUAAAAGCCCAACAUUUAAGAACUGAUAUACACUUUCAUCAUGUAACAAAAUCAUACUGAGGAUAACAUUGGUUUAAUUGGCAGUACAAUGAUACCAUAAGAUGGAUUGAUGUCAAUAUUAUUUAAUUUAGUGUGUUGAAUAAAACAGUUUAUGUUUUCGGUACUGAAAAUUUGGGAUACUAGAGAAAAGAUAACAAAGGGAAUAAACUAACAGUGCAAGAGAGAAACAUACCGUGCAACAGAGAGCCACUGUGGUGUAGAAAAAUAGUCUGAAACCAGUGUAUAUAAAGUCUGCGAGGUGAGAUAAUCCAAGGGGAAAGUGUGGCAAAGGAAUCCACUAACAUCAGAGAAUGUGUGAAAAAUUGCCUCAUCAGCCAUGAGAGGGAAGAGACGAUGAGAAAGGGGGAGAUGGUGACUGGAGCGAUAACCUCACAUACCUUCAUAUAACAGUGAGAGCUACACAGCCUGCGUGAGGGAGGGUGGAGGUGAUGUGGGGUGAGAAAGGGGUCAGGUUAUUUGCUCUGGUAAAGAGGGAGGUCAGGGGUAGACAGGGGGCGGGGUCACGGGUGGAGGAGCAAGAGAAAAAGACAAGAGAUCCUCGACAGGAGAAAAUCUCCCAUGACAUCAUCUGUGAAAUGAAGUCAUCACUGAGGUUGUGACCUGGCUUGUUGGUCAAGGGGAGACAGGGGAUGGGAGGUCAGGUGGAAAGAAGCUCUCUGGAACAUAGGAGAGGGGACAAAUGUAUCACGUGUGUGAGGAGGGCCCCACAGAGUUCAAACAAGCUGGGCUGCGAGAGUGGAGAUGUGCAGUGAAUGUGUAUGAGGAAAGAGGCCCUACUAAUUAAAGUGACUGCUGAUGAAAGAGUUAAAUUGGCUGUUGCUUGUUAGGGAAUGUAUUUUGUUGCAGUUCCCAUCACACAUGGCAGUCUGUUCUCACACAAUAACAGGGAGGUAGGGACGUUGUGUACAUCAGUUGUUCAUUGUAACGGUGAAAUGAUAUGUCCUGUGGAAAUAUAUAUAUAUAUAUAUAUAUGUGUAUAUAUUUAUAUAAAGAAGUUGUUUGCUGGUCUUGGAACCUGCCUGCUAUUGUCUGGUAAAGGAAACGCAGACUGUUACCCUGUACAUGCUCACUGAAACAAGAUUAGACAACACUACUCAGAUUUCAAAUGAAAAAAAGAAAUGCUUCUGGCACCAGAUGUGUGCCACACACUUAGAGACUUCAUUUAUAUGCAGAAUCUGUUAAAAUAGAUAGAGAGUUUGCCAACAGGUAUUAUUGCACGUGUGAGAGGGACUACCAGAGAAAGAGGAGCAUAUCUGCACCAUAUAAUAUAAACCAUAUAGGUAUACAUGCAGUCAGUCAUGUGUAGAGCAGACGAGAGACCACUUAUAUGCCGCAUUUCAUUUACUGUCAGAACUUCAAACAGUUCAUUUGCGGCACUGACCCACUGGCUGCACAGAAUACAUCUCUUCCUGAGCUUUUACUGCAGGACACAGGAAACAGACCGUGGAAGCUAAAUCACAGUCAUGACAGCUGAGCCGCCAUCACACACCAGAGAGAAGCCUGGGAAAUGAGCAGCAGACUUGAGUUUAGCAUCAAAGCUACUCUGUUGGAUGGUUUUUAUGAGAAAGGGAAGAAGAGUAUAGCCGUUUCUCAAAAAAAAUUAAAUUAAUGUCGGCUGAGAACUGUUGAGAGUUUAAAAUUUCUACCAAAGUACAAACUCACACAUUUGGAAUGCUGAAUACAUGCUUACUGUAUAUUAUCUCGAGAAUCUGAAGAGAUCUGCUUUAGAAUUUAAACUAAAAACAUAUUUCAGCUGUAGUUGUACACCAUGAAUGCAUACAUGAGUUCACAUGUAGAACAGAGAUCACAUUUUGAGUUACAAUCAAGUUUAUUGAUUCCUUCAUGCAUUGUUGUUCAGGCAUAUUGGUUCUUUUAAACAUAGGUCAUGGAACAUGGCCUUGAGACAGAAUGAAAUAGUUCAGAGCUUUACUCGCUUUGUGUGGUUGUAUUAUGAUUUGGACUUCAAUUUGAGUGGCAUGUCAACAUGGUAAUAUGCUCAAAAUUGCAACGCUAACCAGCUAAAGUGAAGUUUGUUAAUUGUUUACCACAAUGUACCUCCAUCACUAUUAUUUAAUCAUGUUUAUGCUUCCAUUUGCUAGCUACCGCUGAGUUUUGACCUUAUGAUAGCAUUGAAUGUUUCAACAAUCAUAUCUUCAAACUAAUACAGUCACACAGUUAGUACUUGGGGUUUAAAACAUGCUAUGUUCAUACACUGGUGGUCAACAGUCAACUUUGUGGCAGUACUUGGAUAUCACCUUAUUCAUUGUGGAGUCAUCCUAUGGAGAAAACUAAUGUCUUUUAAAAAAUUGGAAAACCAACAUAUCUUUUAAAAGCCUUUAAAAAUUGGCAUCACUUUAAAGGACAUAGCGCAAUCCAAUGGCAAACUUCUUCACUUUCACUUGAUCCUUGGUUUGCUCUCAAGGAAAAGGUGACCCCCUUCUGAUGCCAGGUAGUUUCCAUUAAGUUCUUUGGCUUGUGCACAGGUUAGCCUCUGUCACCUCACAGAGAGAGUGAAGGGGACAACCACUGCUGUCAGCACCUACAGAGCCCAGAUUCUUCUUACUGUUGCCCUAGAAGGAAAGAAAUCUGACUAAGAGUUGAGAAUAGAUACAUAAUCAGAAACAAGCAGAAGAAAACAUUAUCCAAACCAUGGUUUUACAUGAAUCAGAACCAGUACACUGAAUGAAGAUAAACACAUACUACUCGGGAUCCAAAGAGAUCCCAAAACACAUGGCAGCAUUCAUUUUAUUUGCAUGAAAGUAGAGACACAAUAGCAUGCAAAUAUAAGCCAUUCCUUGCGCUGCCCUGUUUUGACAUUCAGUCUCUAAGGUGAGGUGGACACGUGUCAGUGUCUCAUCUUUAUCAAGUUGAUCUCCUCCAGCUAUCUGGGUGAGAGUGAAGACAGAACAGUCAGAGGUCUUGUGCCAAACAUCUACAGGAAUGCAAAGGAUGGGCACAUCAGGAGAGGUAUUUUCUCAAAUGCAGCCAUCAGCCAUUAACACCCUUUCAGACAACAAGCAAUUUAUAUGUCAAGGGGUUGAAAUAUUUCAGUGGCAUGGUGGUAUGUGUAAUGGUUAUCAGAAGAAAAGGCUCUGGUUUCUGUAGGGAGUGAAUGGUGUAAAGUCACGCACACAGAUUAAAAUGAACACCUGGUUUUUAAAGCUAAAAUAGUUGUUUUCUUGGCCUUUUAAAGUCUUAUGACAAAAGCUUCAAACAGUUUAACUUUCUGAACAUAAAAUAAAGUCAGCUCUGUUGUUACCACAUUGAAUUCUCUCUGAUUUCUCUCUUUUAACACCACAUAAAUCUUAUGCACUGUACACUAUCACUGGCCCUCAGUGCUGAACUGUAAAUGCUUUAACUCUGUCAGGAGAGGUCAUUACUGUACAACACUUUGUUUUGACAGUUUUUUGGCAGCUCAUUUCUGCCUCAAUCCUCAACCUCUCUACCCAGGAGGGUUGCAGUGCCUCUGAGCAAAUUCCCCAGGAAGUAUGGGAUGAGAUGUUGUUCCAUGAUUACAACUUUUUUUCUGUGUUCAUUGGCUAAUAGAUGACACCUGUGCAUUUAGCUAGGAAGUCAAAUUUUACAGUUUCACACGCUAACUUUGGUUCUGUAAUUCCCCUUAAUUUAACAAUUUUCUUAAACCAAAAUGAUAUGUCUGGUAACAUUAAUACUAAGAGGAAACACUUGCGUCCUAUUGGUAACUGCAUUUCUCUAUCAGGGUGCAGUUUUUCUGUUUUGAUAAUAAGCAUAAUUUUUGUACAAGUAUUUGUUUUUGCCACUGGGACCUGGACUUACUGUUUACAGCCAAUUCAUGCCGUUUAUUUCCUCCUUAGUAGACUAACUCUUGGUUCUUGCAUUACUUGACCAUUGGACCCAAAUACAGCUGACAUCAUGACUUUGACCUUUACAUGAAAGUAACUUUAGAAGGCCAAUUUCUUGGGUAUCAUUGACAUCUGGCUUUUAUGUUUGAAUUUUAAGAGCUGCAUUCAGAUCUGGAUGGUCUCUUUGCACUGUAGCCAAACACAUCAAUUCAACUUGGCAAAGAUGGCUGCUGUUAUUGUAAAUCCCUGCACAUGCUUACUGCCAUUUGCUCUCUAAAGUUUCAAAUUCAAAUACGUUUUUCUCAAGGCUGGAAAACAGGGUGUUAAAAAAAUGACUCUGUCUCAACCUUUUCAUGUAAGAAUCUGUGUUUAUUCUUCAUAGACUAACUGUUAUAGUUACUUGUCAUCCCAGAUCUUUCUCAGCUCAAGGGAGACAUUGACCUCAUCCAUAUCUGUUUUCCUCAUCACACAUAACUGUAAGGAACCCACUUUAAGUCGAGGUUCUUGUUGAGUGGAACACCAGCAGACUCUUCAGUCAGGUUUUAUCUUCUGGUCUGCAUAGGUAAAGUCCUUUGCAAUUUGGACUACGAAGACCAAGGUAAUAUAAUUUCAUUUUCAUCAACUUGCACUAAUACUGAUUUGCCCAAACAACACUGAAUAUUUCUCAAUUGUUGGAUUUUCUUAUGAAAUUUUUUAAUGUGUUAAAAAAAGUCUGUAAUUGCUUUUCCUCCAAAGUGCCAUGUUUUAUAUAAGCAUAGAAAUCGGUAAGAGUUCAGCAAAGCACUCCUCCUGUGGCAAGGGUCCCACCCCCUUCACUGUGUCCACAGCAGAGCAGCACACACUCUCGUACACACACUGCCUUAUAUGGAUGAGGUGACAUCACUCACCAGAGGUCUGAUGGUGCUGCACUGUAUUUAUUCACCUUUCAUUGUCCCGAUAACAUGCUUGGAAUGCAAACGUGGAAUAUCUGUAAAACAAAAGACCCCUGCUUCUUCUUGUGUAUUUCCUAUGGAGUUUGUAUGAUUGCAAAAGUUGUUCUUUUGUUGACUCUGAGGCAGCAAUAGUGGGUAAGUUUAAAUGUGUCUUUGUUGUUCAAUUUCUGAAGUUAUGUGGUUGUUGAUUGUUCUUAACAAAGCUCAUUUUUAGUCUUUAUGUUUAAGCUGUGAGUGCACAGUCUUCCUCACACUGUGCUAGUCGGUGUGCUGAUUUGGUGUCUUUUGCAAUGCAAAAAUAUUCAGGUUGAAUGUAUCUCUGUGGGAGUGUGCAGGGAGAGGAUGCAAGCUUUGCAUUCAAUCUGCUUUGCAUGCAUUUUGUUGGAGCUGGGGAUGAGAAUGGGCAUGAGCAGCAUAGAAAGAAGCCAAGAGAAAAGAAGACCACUUGGUGAGGGGGUGUUAAACUUUCUCCAGCAGUUUGUGUUCUUAGUCUUUAUCCCAACAACAGGAAGAAAAUACGAGGAGAGUUUAGUGGUGUGGUUGAGAGUGGUUAAGAUCUUUGCCAGUUCUCCCACUUGAUCCUGUUACUUGUUCUACAUUGCAGCAUGAAUUUCCUUUAAUUGCACAGAAUAGACAAACUCAGCAGUUGUCUGAGGAAGAUAAAAAAUGGUUUCAUGCAUUGAAUCAGUUUCAGCAGAACAAUAUAACACAUUUGAUUGAUAGGUACUGGUGUCUCUGAACAAUAAGGUUUGAAUCUUGAAAAGUCUAAAUGUAAAGAGCUUGUCUUUUGGUAUAUGGUGUGAAUGUUUUAGAUUAUACCUUACAUAAUAAUCAUGAAGAUAAACUCUACUCAAACUAAUGAAAAAAAGGGGAUUAUUACUCAUGACCACUGAAAGAUUGACUGGGAUUAAGCAUCUCAUCCUGGAUUAAAGAUCAUCACAUUUCACUGGCAUGAUGGCACAUACAAAGCUAAAGACUUUAUCAUCAAUAAACACCGUAGUAAUACUGUUUUCCCUCCAAUUUCAGACUGAAGAGGCUUCUCGAGACCGAAAAGGCCUACCAGGUAAAAAAAGAGAAGGAGCACUCCAAGCGCCUGGCCAAGGUUCGAGAAGAGCUGGUCAAGCUGAAGUCCUUCGCCUUGAUGUUGGUCAAUGAGCGCCAGCAGCACCUAGAGCAAAUGGACCAACAGAGUCAGCGGGUCCAGGAGCUGAGCCAGCAGCUCCAGCAGCGGGAGCAGGCACUGAGCGAAGCCAGGGAGCAUGCUCAGGAGGAUGGUCACAGGGUGCUGAGUCUAGAGGCUGAGCUGAAAGAGAAAUCUGCCAAGCUCACCCAACAGUAUGAAGAAAUGACUGCCAAGCUGGCCAGUCAUGAGAUUAACAACCGCCAACUUAAUGCCAAACUUUUAGGGCUAAUGCAUAAAGUGGAGGAACAAGAGGAAAGCAACAGAGCCUUAAAGAAAUCUGAGGAGGAACUUCAAGAGCUGAGGGAGAAAAUCAGUAAUGGGGAAUGUGGCAACUCAAACUUAAUAGCUGAGUUGGAGAACUUGAGGAAACGGGUUCUGGAGAUGGAGGGAAAGGAUGAAGAGAUCACCAAGACUGAAAACCAGUGUAAGGAGCUGAGAAAGAGGCUACUAGAGGAGGACAGUAAGAGUAAAGACCUCAAGCUAGAAGUGGAGAAGCUCCAGAAAAGAAUGAUGGAGCUGGAGACACUUGAGGCCGCUUUUAGCGUAAGUAAGGCUGAGUGUGCACAGUUGCACACGGCUCUAGAGAAAGAAAAGGGCCUGACCAAAGAGCUCUCAGAUGAAGUCGUCGCCCUCAGGAUCCGGAUGAAAGAGCUUGAAUCCUCUGAACUGAAGUUAGAAAAGUCCGAGAUGAGCCUUAAGGAUGACUUGAGUAAGCUGAAGUCACUAACUGUUGCCUUGAUGGACGAACGAAAGACCCUGAUGGAAAGAGUUAAAUCAGAUGAGAAGAAAAAAGAGGAAAUGAGUAAAGUAAUCAAAGUUGAGCAGGGUAAAGUUAUGGAGGUGACUGAGAAAUUGAUAGAAGAAAGCAAAAAGCUCUUAAAGCUUAAAUCAGAGAUGGAAACCAAAGUAGAAACUCUCACUAUUGAAAAAGGGGAGCUCAGCACCAAGCUUGCCUAUGAAACUGAUAAAACAACAGAUCUUAAUUCUAAGGUCAGUCAAAUGAAAAAGAGGUUGGAUGGCUUUGAGCAAGCAGAGAAGCUAUCAGUAAAGAAUUUAGUGAAAAGUGAGCAGGGAAGAAUGUCUGACUCUGUUAAACGAGAAGACAAUAAAGUUAUGGAGUUGACAUUUGAAAUUGAGCACCUGAAAAAUCGCCUAAAACAACUUGAGGUAGUUGAAGGAGAUCUGAUCAAGACGGAGGAUCAAUAUGAUAUGUUGGAGAAAAAGUUCAUGACUGAACAAGACAAAGCCAACAUUCUUUCCCAACAAGUAGAGGAGAUGAGAUGUCAAAUAGCACGAAACAAAGCAAUAGAGAAAGGAGAAGAGGAAUGCCAGGAAGAAGACCUCCGUCAACGAUGCAUGAGGGAGGAGGUCAAAACCAGGGAACUACAUGCUGACGUUAUCGCCCUCAAGGAGAAGGUCCAUGAACUAAUGCAUAAGGAAGACCAACUCUCUCAGCUUCAAGUGGAUUACUCGAUCCUGCAACAGAGAUUCUUGGAGGAGGAGGAAAAAGCCAAGAACAUGGGUACUGAAGUUUUUCAUCUCACCAAAGAAUUAGAGAUCGCCAAGCGCCAUAGUCGAGCCCUAAGACCCAGUUUGAAUGGGAGAAGAAUGGUGGAUGUUGCUGUGACAUCCACUGGAGUGCAGACAGAGGCAUCACCCAAUGGAUCAGCUGAAGAGGACACCCCAGCUGGAUUCAUUAUGAAGUCUGUCCAAGAGGAGAAUCACAUCAUGAACAACAUAAGACAGAAGUGUCUAAAGAAGCCAGCGGAAAAGAGUGGUGGUAUUGAGCGUUUCCCUUCAUCCAGCGGCGACCUAGGUAUGAAAAAAUCCUGGAUUCCCUGGAUGAGGAAAAAAGACAGUACCCCUCAUGAGACCAAUUUGGAGAAGUCUUUGCAAAUCAACGGAAACCAUUUGCCUUCUGGACUAACCAUGUCCCCAAAGCAGGGGCAGCCUUUACACAUUCGUGUCACACCAGACCACCAAAACAACAUGGCCUGUCUUGAGAUUAGUAGUCCUACUGCUGAGGAUGUUUUCUCCAGCUCGGCUCCCCUAAGCCCUAAUCCAUCUCAACCUAAAUCAAGAAUCACAAUCAUUCCCACCUAUCCUGCUUCAACCUAUAAGAAAAAGUCCACCAUUGGACCCCAGGGCCCAGAAAGAGCAAAAUCUCCAGUCACCAUCACAGCAAUAUCCAGAGCCAAAUCACCAGAGUGUAGACGCACCCCCUCCUCAGCUUCUGGAAGACCUAUGUCUCCUCUCUCAAUUAUGACAGUGAGCACAGCUAUAGGGCCUGAGGCAUCUGCCUCCCCAGAACCACAAGAGAUGACAAUGGGCCGAGCUGUGUUCAAGGUUACCCCAGAGAAGCAAAUGGUCCCAAUGCCAAUACGAAAGGGUCCCAACACCACUGGUGUUAUCACCACUACUGAUGAUAACAAGAUCCACAUUCAUCUGGGCAACAGCAUCACCCCAAAGAUGGUAGUCAGGCCAGUAACUUCUGUAACAGAGAACAGAGAAAUGACCUUAUCAACUGGGACAGUUCUUCGCUCCCCCCGCCAAAUUACCUCUACAACUACCAGGAGCACACAGAGUAAAGUAAUGAGCAGUAUCACCAUAUCCCCUGUUGCAGCCAACCCUUCAAGACCCACUCAAAGCACGGUAGGUUUCUUUGACCUCAUCCAUUCUGUGUCAUUUAUGGAUAACAGAACUGUAUCAUAUCAUUGGUCCGAACAACUGGUUGGAAGAAAGCACUCUUUAGAAUCAGAAUCAGAACCAAAAUCAGCUUUAAAGGCCAACCAUAUACACACAUGAGAAAAUUGACCCCUGUAAACUUUGCCCUCCCUGUACAAACAUAAACAUGAAACAUUACACAAAUAUGUUAACGCUUACAGUCAACAUUUAACUUAUACACACAAGACCUUUGUUAUAAUUGACAGUAGUUACAAAGGUUUUACAGAUAAACAGUGAUUUACUGUCACAGUGAGUGUUUGUUUACAGGUUAUUUCUCAAUAGUUGUUCUGUUACUCUGUGAACAUUAAGAGUUUAUCAGAGCAACAGCCCACCCUACUAUUAAACUAAACAUUGUCAAUGAUAUUGCAUUGAAACAAGGCAAAGAAUGAUGGCAUGAAACUUAACCCACAUCUGAUUAUGUUAUUUUUGUCUCACCACUGUCAUAAUCCCUGAUACUUUUUCCAUGUUAGUCCCUUAACACUACUUAUUCUAUUCUGUGUUCUGGUAAGUGUUAACUUUAUGUGCCUGCUUUGAUUUUGUAGACUUUCAUUUCAAAGCCUCCAAUAUUUGUGUCUCUAACCCCCCCUGCUGUUUUCUGCGACUUUCUUUUUUUUCCCCACUGUUAGCAAACCAAUUCCAAGGCAACAAGACUUUGACAUGUGCAUGUGGUUACUGUAAGACUGCUGCAGUCUGUGAUUAGAACCAUAUUCAAAGCCAAGAACGCGCUGUCGUAAAAGAACAGACUGGUGCUUUGGCAAAUUGAUCAAUCAGAAUCAAGAGUUUAACACGAUCCUGUAGAGCAGCUUACUAAUGCCCUUUUUAAAUCUACUUUUUUUCUCCUUGUAAAACACAAAAUUUAGAAAAGAUAAUCCAUGGCCUUAUACUUAAUUGUCUGUUGGAUGACAUUAAUUAUGACCUUCUCUGAGGUAACAAAUCUCCUCUUUAUACUCUAGUUUUUGUGAUAAUUAAAAAAAAAAAAAACAUGCUUUUGUGUUAUUUCUUGGAAGAUUUUAUAUGUUCCAAAUCAUCAUGUUUAGCUUAAGUAUUUGGCUGCUUACUAUUCGUAGCCAACAGAUGUAAAACAAGUAGUGGUCUUCUCUCCUUAGUCUCAAACAAAAAAGUGAGUAAACCCUUUUUCUAGCAUACCUAUUUAACAUUGAAAUUUAUUUUCCAUUGUCUUACAGGUGACAAUAAUUUCACAAAGUGUAAUACACAUUAUAUGUAGUUAUAUAAGGUGAAAUUACUACAAUGGGAACUGAAGCGAACAACAUCAGGGUUCCACUGGACCUUGUAAUAUGCUCUUUGUGGAUCAGAUUGAUAGCGUGACAGAAAUGGCCCUCUGUGUGGGCCUCAGAGCACCAGAGCUAAUGAUGUGGCAUUUUGCCACCCUGUUACAGUCAGGCUGUAAUUUAUAGUUGUUACUCUGUGUUUACAUUCACAAACAGCCAAUGCAGGGCUCUGUGCCCUUUGGCUGGCACAAAGCAGCCUGAAAACAGUAACAACACAUGAAAACCUAGACUGAAGAAGUGCUUGGACUGAAGUGAAAGAAUGACUAAAUAUUUACAUUUAUUAUUCACAUGGAUCAGCAUAUGAUCAGCUACAUUGCAUAUAAACUCUGGAUUUUCAUUUAUUUUUUGGUCUAUAAUGGAUUUAACCUAUUUCUCAUUAUUUACACUUUAUGUCCCCCGAAAAUGAUCCACUGUAUUCAUACUCAUGCCUGAGAAACUGUACUCUCUUCCCCUAUUGUCAACAGACUGGGCAUGAUGCCCAGCCAGCGCGCUCAGGGCUGACCCGCAUCCCAAUGUCCAAGAGCCUGAAGACUGGGAAAGCUGUGUUGGGAACCAUGGGGAUCUCGGGUGGUGUGAAACUGGAGUCACGAGCUGAGAGUCAGUCUAUGAGGAUAGAAGUUAAAAAAUCCACUGUGAAUAGCAAUACUUUUCAGAAUGGUGGAAAAGCUUGAUAUUUAUGAUGGCAACAAGAAACUUAAUCAUCUCUGAAUAUGGUGCUCAAACAGUCAAAUAUCUUAACACAACAAGGCAACACUGCAUUUUUGUAAUAAAGAAGCCAUUGAUUUCUAACUUUUUGAAAGUCUUAUGUAUACAACUAUAUACUUACUGUCUCAUAUCAAUGUCUGCAAAAUUGAUGGAUACAUGUUUUUUUGUAUUUUCAGUGUGUAUUUUAAUGG